AUGUCUAACUUUAUCACUAAGACACAGCGUAUAGGAGUAGAAGGACAAAUUUUACACGUUAAACCAGGGUUUAUGAGAAAUUAUUUACAUAUAGACAAUAAAGCAUGCUAUAUAACACCUAAUAGACCACCAAGAAUACCUGUAGUGGAUAUUGAAGAAAUACGUCAAGAAGAGCAAAGAAAACGUAGAAUUUUACAGCAACAACAAGCACAACAACAAAGAUUACUAGAUCAACAAAAUAAAGAAAAAGCUACAAGUACAAACAAAGAAUCAAUCGAAGAUACGGAGAAUGAAGGUGCUAUGUCACUUGAAGAAUUGUCUGAUUUAUUCAGUAGCAUGAAAUCAAAUAAAAGAAAAUCAGAUGUUAAACCUGAAUUAAAAGUUCAAUCAAGUUUAGUUGAAGAAUCAGAGGAAAUAAUUACCCCAACUUUAGAAGCCUCAAGCAAUGACCAAUCAUCUCAAAUAAGCUUUAACUUACCAAAAUUAAUAACACUAAACUCAUCGAAUUUACCAAUUUCAAAACAUGCCAUUUUAAACCAAAUUCAAGAAUACGUAAAAGGUACAACACUUGAACCAGAUCAAUUAAGUAUAAGUUAUAUUGACACCCCGGAAUUUACGAUUGAUCAAGUUACCGAAGUUGGUAGGUAUCAAAUCAAAAUAAUUUCGAAUAUAGAUGGAUCAGAUUUAACUCAAAUUUUGGAAGUUGAAUGA